CCGCACGGUUUUGGCAUAUGCAUUUGCAGUUUUAGUUAAAACAUCAUCAGACCGGAACAGCAGUAUUCACCAUGCCAAGGAAAUCACCAAAAGCAGCUGCUGCUGCUGAGUCUGGUGCAUCUGGGUCCAGCCUUAGUACUCAGUCAGCCCCGCCAGAGCGCGAGUCGUCGCGGCGCAAGCCGAGGCGGCCAGCGCAGGUGCUCGCGUCCCUAGCCGCCCCAGCGCCAGUCCCAGCGCCGGACGGCCGGCCGGCCGCCGGCGGAACGGAAGGCGAGCGCCGGCGCCAGCCCCAGCCGGGAGGCCGCCCGCCGCACCGACGGCAGCCGACGGAAGCAGCGCCGGCCACACCGCGUCGCGUCCGAAAGCGAGACGUUCGGUGCCGAGGUGCUGGUGAAGGCCGAGCCCGAGCCCGGCGCGGACCUGGGCUCGGGGUCGGGCCGCACGGCCACGGUCGGCUCCACCACCAGCCUAAUUGCGUCGCUGAAGGGCAAGCGGAAGCCCAAGCCGCGGCAAGAGCUGCCAUUGGUGUCGUGCGGCGUGUGCAAGCAGUCCAUGAAUGAGCGAGCAUUCGAGAGGCACGCUCUAUCCGCCCAUCUGGGCCUGGCCCGUCCCACCGGCGGGAGCCAGGAGUUCUCAAAGAACGAGCAGGUGAAUGCCUUCAACCGUGUGCUUAAGGCUGGCCUGAAGCUGAAGUGUCCUGUCUGCACCAAGAACCUGACCUCGUCUUUGGGUUUCUACCAUCACCACAGCCAGUGCGGCAAGGAUGUGCAGCCUGUCAAGUGCCCCAAGUGUGACUGGUUCUUCAAGCCGCUGUCGCUACCGCAACACCUGCGCAAGCACGAGAGGCAGGAGCAGGAGUGUGGCGGCGAGCCGGCCGUCAAGCGGCGGCGCACCAAAACACCGGCGGCACAGUCCCGGACGGAGGGUGCCGACUCGGACGACCCGGACGCCGUGCCGGAGAACGGCGAGGUCAAGGCCAAGCGCGGCUACACGACUCCGCGCUGCUCGCCGCACCCGGCCCAGGUGGCCAAGUGGCGGCGGCGGCUGGCGGCCGACGGCACGCUGCGCUGCGAGCUGCCCGGCUGCCAGUUCAGCGCCGACGCCGUCGACGAGAUGGUGCGGCACUUCCCCGCCUGUCGUGGCAUGCCCACUAAGUGGAAGGUGUAUUCCUGUAACCAGUGCAAGAAGCGGGCCGACUCGGAGUCAGAGAUCGUGCGCCACAUCAAGUCGUUCCACCCAUACCUGCUGGGCGUGGGCGCGGGUCGGCCGCGUUCUCCGGAGCGACCUUCGGCGCGCGGCCGCCGGGGCGCCGGUCCCGGCACGGUCACGGCCGACAUGGGCGGCGAGCUGACUUACUUUACGGCUGUGGAGCGCCAGGCGUGCGCGCGCGAGCACGCCGCCCUGUACUGGAACGAGCUGCCUAAGUCGCGGCCGCUGGCGUCGGCGCGGCUCCAGCUAGCCGACUGGUGGCGCUGCAGCGGCGACGAACAGAACUGCUACAGUCCGCCCAUGAAGCUGUCGCCGGCGUACAAAGUGCAGGAGCUGGGCGAACCGGACCCGUACCGGUCGUACGAGCGGCUCGACACAUUCGCCUUCGAGGAGCUCGACAACGGCGUGCUGUGCUUCUGCGGCGGCCCGGUGACCGGUCUAGACUGGUGUCCGCGGCCGGCGGCGCCGCCCGAGCAGCCUCAGUACCUGGCCGUCAGCUGCGUGCCGGUGGUGGACCGCACCCUGCCGCCCACGGAGCCCUCCUCACUGCCGGCCGCCGUCCAGCUGUGGUCGUUCUCCUCCGACCGCAGGAAGGCGCGAAUGGAGUACGCCUUGUGUGUGGACGGCGGCCCCGUCUGGGACCUGUUGUGGUGCCCGCUGGGCCAGCGCAGCUCGCUGGCGCGCGAGCGGCUCGGCCUGCUGGCACUAGCCUGCGGAGACGGCCGGACGCGGGUCUACACCAUGCCGGCGCCGGCCAGCCUGCCCGACGCCGGCGACGAGAGUCACCCCUUCUACAUCAAGCGGCCCGACCUGCGGCUGGAGGUGUUUGGCGAGGUGGGCCGCUCGCCCUGCUGCCGGAUCGACUGGGCCAAGACCGACGGCAACCGAACAGUGACGGGUAUAUUCGGGAACGGCACUGUGGUUCUCUGGGACAUCACGUCGGUGUCGCCGAUCCUGCGCGACGCCGACGGUCCGACCAAGGUCGUGUACCCCGUGCAGGUCAUACCCGCCCACCGGGGACACGGCACAGCGGUGGCCAUGUGUCCGGCCUCAGACCGGUUCCUGUGCUCGGGCGGCCGGGACCGUACGCUCCAGCUCUGGGACCGUGAGGAGCCGGCUCCGAUCCAGCGGGCCACCAACAAACUGCGUCCCAUGCUCACCGACGUCUGCUGGCCCGUCGCCACCAAGAAACUCAUCAACGCCUAUGACCACAGCCUCUUUGUCGGCUCGCCCUCGGUGAUGAUGUCGGACGCCGCCAUGCCGGUGGUGGACGUGCCGUUCUUCACGCACGGCGCCAAGUGCACGUCGCUGGCGGUGAACAGCACGGUGAACGGCGUGGCGUGCGCCUCCGAGAGCGGCCUGGUGGCGCUGGCGCAGUGGCGCAACAUGCUGUCGCACAAGCAGAAGGCCGAGCUGCGCCGCCUGUUGCUCAAGCUCGACGCCGAGAAGAUGACGGCGCCGCUCGUCUCCGGCAGCGAGCAGCUGCUGGGCGACCAGUACAUGCAGGUCUGGGAGUCCUGCGGCAUCACCAUCUGGGAGGCCAAAAUGAAGGAGAGCUCAGGCAUCAUCAUGGACGGCUUUGAUGAACACGUCUCCAGCACGGGCAGCUGGGUCUCCAACUAUCCCUUUGUAGCCGUCAACAAGCGUUGA